AUGUUAUGCACAAGAGUCAGGAAUCUCUGGGGCCUUCAAGAUGAUUUCAAUGCUAUCAACCUAGGCAAUAACUAUUUCCUAUUUAAAUUUUCUCCUCAAGAAGACUGCACAAAGGUCUACUUUGGAGAUCCAUGGGUUAUAAUGGAUCAUUACCUAACAGCACGCAAAUGGGAGCCUGAUUUCAAGGCAUCGGGAGGUUUUGAAACCACAAUUGCAAUUUGGGUGCAGUUUCCAGAACUUCCAAUAGAAUACUUCCAGGAAAAAGUCUUAUAUGCCAUUGUCAAACAAAAUGGCAAACCUUUAAAGAUUGAUCUUACAAUAGCUAUGGCCACAAGAGGAAAAUUUGCAAGGAUUUGCAUAGAAGUUGAUCUACCCAAGUCGCUAUGCCCUUGCUUUAUUUUAGGUAAGAAUUGCUACAAUAUUGAAUAUGAAUAUAUUUACUUCUUUUGUUUUCACUGUGACAUGGUGGAUCAUCGGAAAUAG